CAUUUUAACGUGUACUACAUGCAUGUUGUGACAAUGUAAUACACUGAUCAGUUAUUUAUUUAUUUACAGGAUGGGUGACGGAACUCUGCAUGAAGGACACCAAAAGCUGGGCGCGGAGUUCUGCGCGGCAUACUAUGACAACGAGGGCAGUUGGCACCCUGGCUUCUACUGCCGCAACGUGCAGGGGCAGGCCUUCUUCUGCUGCGGAGACGCCCACUACAAGUACUGCUGCCGCAAGCACGACCAAGUGCCGCAGCAAACCUCCAGUUUCACAUUGAUACUUGGUGUCAUUUUUGGAGCACUAGCUGCCAUCGUAAUUGUUAUAAUUGUCAGCUGUUUCUACUGCUCCUGUUGUAUUCUGUACAAGAAACGUCAGCCUGCCACCAAUGCUGGACGGUUGUAUCAGCUCCACUGUUCAUCUACAACUAGUGGUGUUGCCAACAUGUAUUCCUUAUCAAACCAACACAGUCUAGUCAAUGUUCCCAUGGAUACUGCUGUUCUGGUUGACCUGGAAGCAAGAGCUAUGACUGACGGACGGCCACAAGUAACUAUGGCUCAUGGGCAUACAUUCUCCUUCCCAUCUCCAAAAAAUGCAACAAAUCAUGGAAUUAAGAAGGCAGAUGGAGAACCAAAUACAGAGGAGGCAACCAUGAUCAGACCUGCAGCAGCACCUCCACCAUAUGAUGCGAACCAACAGUGUCUUCUUUCAGUUCAACCAAUUAUGAGGUCAACAUUUAGUCCAUGCUGCACGAGCACAUUGACAAGAAACACUGGGCAGCCUCCAUCCAUUCUUGAAGAAGUAAAUUCUGUUCUUUCCAGCUCAGCAACAUCAGAGGAAACUGGUGGUGGAAGCUCAUCACUUUCUGGCCUGAGCCCAUACAGCAUGCCAGUACCUAUAAAUAAAACUACAAAGGAUGAAAUACUCUACCACUCCACAAAGUUUUAAUAUGAUAAAUGUAAAAAUAUAAUUUUUAUAAACCAAGUGAGCCCUCCUCUAUUGAUAAUAGCAUAAAGUUUUUCAUAUGUUCUUUGUACAAUAUUUUAUAGUUUUCGAUAAGCAUUUUCAUCAUCUUUGUGUUGCUUAUAUUUGCAUCAGUUUUUAAAAAAAUCAAAGGUAAAAUAACCCUCCCCCCACCACACACACACAGAAUGUGUGUGUGUGUGUGUGUGUGUGUGUG